CAGCAAAGUGCCGACACCUCAAAGACCAUGAGUCUUUUGUCGCGAGCCAUGGCGCGAUGGCUCGCUUGAGGCUGCUUCUUGGCGCUUUUGGCUUUUGCCCUCGGCGAGCACGCUCCUUGCCAUUGAAGGAAGACCUGGAAGAUGCAGAGGAGGGGCUUCACAUUUGCAAUAGCCCGGCGACGGAGGAGAACCAGAGGUCUGCGACAGCAGGCAGUGAGAAUGCUGCAGAGCAUGGCAGCAUGCUUGCACAGCUGGAGCGAGCAGAAGACCUGCAUCAAAGAAUGCAGGAGCCCCUCAGCUUGCUGUCGGGUGAGCUGGAUGUGCUGGCAAAGGUCUGGGAAAGUCAACGGCUCCUGCGGCCCUUGCAACGGGACCCAAAGGCGGAGUCAAAGGUUAAGCUGCAGCAGCAGAUGCAGGAGAUCAUUGCCAACUGGACCUCGGACCAGAAGGUUGUUGGGCAACUCGAGGCGAUAUUGAUGCAAGAGGGUACCGAGAAUCUUCUGAACCAGGCGACCCGUGCGGCCGCACAGGAGCUUCUCACGGUGACCACUUCCGUGCGCCAACGGCUGCAGCAGAGGGCCGAACUGCGGCAGCUCUUGGAGGCAGAUGCGCCGCAAGCUGCCGACACUGCGAGCAGGUUGUUGCAGGAUGGUGCCUUGCAAGGGCGCGCCCUCCUGGAGUAUAAGCUCCGAAGAUGCCUAGCUUUGCCAAUGACUGUGGAGUGCACGAUGAGCUUCCCGGAUGUGGGGCAGGAGUUUGUGAACAAUCACUCCUCCUUCGCUGGUCGCACGAUUCCAUCACACCUGUCAUCAUUUUCGGCCGACCAGUGACGGGGUCGGCUCUGAUUCGGGGCCAAGCGCUGCCACCCUUCAAGCAUUGCAAUGUGUUUUGCCC